AUGAGUUCUGUGUGCAUAUCAAACUGUGUAAGCGACGCACGUGACCCAUGUGUGACGGUGCGUGCGACGUACUUGAAUCUCUACAAGUGGCCGGAAUCGGACGCGGAGUUUGUGCGUAGAAGGGGCUCGCACGUGUGCGGGCACGCGAGGGUGGUGGAUAGCAUCUCGUGCAGACAGAUGUACCUACGAAGCUACAAGUUUUCGAGGAAAGAGACGGUGUCGGAGAAAACCCAGAAAUGUUUCGGAAAAGUUAAGGACAGAGUGAAGGGAAGGUCUCACAAGAAAAGUGGGUUUACAAGGAGAAGGAAGUGUUUGGUUUGGAGGAAAAUGAGGGAAAUUUCCCGCGCUGCUUUGUUGAGGAUUUUCCGCAGGUUCUUAUCUUGCGGCGCUAGUGUAGACGUUGUCCAAACAAGAUCUUAA